UUGGAAGAGCCGAAAGAGGAGUCUAGGGUUUUUGUGUUAUAAGCUUGAUCUCGCAUUACGUCAAUUCCGCCUCUUCCCUUCUCUUCACUCAUCUCCACAGCAAACAAUGGUGUUCGUGAAGUCUGACAAGUCGAAUGCUUACUUCAAGAGGUAUCAAGUGAAGUUCAGGAGAAGGAGAGCUGGCAAGACUGAUUACAGGGCAAGGAUCCGUCUUAUCAACCAAGACAAGAACAAGUACAAUACACCCAAGUACCGUUUUGUUGUCAGGUUUACCAACAAAGACAUUGUGGCACAGAUUGUGUCUGCAAGCAUUGCUGGUGACAUUGUUAAAGCUUCUGCUUACGCACAUGAGUUGCCUCAGUAUGGUCUCACUGUUGGUCUUACCAACUACGCUGCAGCUUACUGUACUGGCCUCCUAUUGGCUCGUCGUGUUCUGAAAAUGUUGGAAAUGGAUGACGAGUAUGAGGGCAACCUAGAGGCUACUGGAGAGGACUUUUCUGUGGAACCAACUGAUUCCAGAAGACCUUUCCGUGCACUUCUUGAUGUUGGACUUAUCAGGACCACAACCGGAAACCGUGUGUUUGGUGCACUCAAGGGUGCUUUAGAUGGAGGUCUUGAUAUCCCACACAGUGACAAGAGAUUUGCUGGUUUCAACAAAGAGAACAAGCAACUCAAUGCUGAAACCCACAGGAACUACAUCUAUGGUGGCCAUGUCUCAAACUACAUGAAAAUGUUGGCGGAAGAUGAGCCAGAGAAGUUGCAAACUCACUUCAGUGCUUACCUUAAGAAAGGAGUUGAAGCUGAGAGCAUUGAGGAGAUGUACAAGAAGGUUCAUGCAGCUAUUCGAGCAGACCCCAACCCUAAGAAAACCGAGAAACCUGCUCCCAAGCAACACAAGAGGUACAACUUGAAGAAGUUGACUUACGAAGAGAGGAAGAACAAGUUGAUCGAGAGAGUUAAGGCGUUGAACGGAGCAGGUGGUGAUGAUGAUGAUGUGUCUGAUGAAGAGUAAAUCAUCAGUCCAGCCUUCUUCUUUGUCUUCUCGCCCCUUUAGUAGCUUUUUACCUAAGUGUUUUCAGACCAAAACAAUCAGUUUUUGUUUUCAUAUUUUAGUUGCGUUUCAGGAUUUUGAUAUCGAGGAUAUGCUUUCUUUGAAGAAUUCAUCACUAUCUUUAAUCACCUCCAUAAAUUCAUCAUUUUCAGGAA